AUGUUGGUCAAAGGAUCUUACCGUAUAAAUGAACCGGAUGGAACAAUCAGGAUUGUCGAGUAUACUACUGAUAAUCACAACGGAUUCAACGCUGUUGUCAAGAAAAUUGGACAUGCUGUACAUCCCAUUUCUUCUGUUGCUAAAUACCAAUCCAUUAUUCCUAUUCAGCUCCCAUUUAACUAUUAUCGUCAUCUUUAUUAA